AGAAGACAGACUGACAGAUGUGAAAUGUAGGGGACCUGAUGCUCUUUGUAGUGUAUCUGUCAGUACAUUACUGCGUUUUUCGUGUUGUUGGGCAAUUUAAUAAAUAAUCGAAUAAACAGCGAAUACAUUCGGAUAAAAAGAUCUUCGCUUUCUAGCUUGUGCAAGUUAAGCCCUUGGAGAGGAAUGUACAAGUCGAACCAGGAACCGGAUAUACCCGCUGCGUUGGGUUUAUUGUCUCAUCUGGAUAACGAUGAGUUGAAGGAAUUAUUGAAUAAUGAUAGCAAAUUUGAAGAUAUUGUGAAAGAUAUAAAACAGUUUAAGAAUCUUGAGACUGAGAAAGAAAUGUUAAUGGCAAGCAAUAGAUCUUUGGCUGAAUUUAACUUAUCAAAACAACCUGAAUUGGAAGAGGGCAAACAAAUGUUAAAAGAGCUGAGCGAGCAGGCCAAUCAAUUGUGCACUAGUGUCAAAAGCAAAUUAGAUGAAAUGCGUGAUAAAUCUGGUACAAUGACUGUCGACACUGCACUUGAUCUAUUGCAAGCAGCUGCUGCUGAAAUUGAGGAAGAAUCAGAGGCAAUAGCAGAGAAAUUUCUAGCUGGUGAUAUCGAAGUAGACGAGUUUCUAGAUCAGUUUUUAUCGCGUAGGAAAUUCAUGCAUUUACGUAAAGUGAAAGUGGACAAACUGAGAGAAAUUAUACGAAAAGGACAUUCUUCAAACACUCCUGGCUAUCCAAUUGCUUCAAAUUUUCCUGGAAUAACGCCUUCUAUACCGUAUCCACCGGACCUGUAGCUAUGCCAAUGCCAUUGCCAUCAGGAAUGCCAGUUUAUAGGCCAUAUUAAAUAAUUAAAAAAGUUACAUGUUGGAUAUUUAUUUGUUUUUAAAAUAUAUCUGUAUAUUUAGUCAUAGCGCACAUAAGCUCUAAUUUUACAAUUUUUUGUACACAAAACUUGUUUUGCAAAUUAAUUUUUCACUUUUACAUAUUGCGUAAUAUUAUGUACAGUCUAUAAUUACACAUAAUUGUUUUACAUUUAUCUCAAGUCUUAUAGUUGUGAUGGUAACACUUUUGAAAUCUUUUCUAGAGUUACUGUACAAGGGAGAUAUUUGAUCUUUUUGUGUCAUAAUGCACUAACACACACAUAUAAGUUAAUCUAAUAACUGUGCUGUACAACUUUUAACAUGUAUGUAUAUUAUCUUUUUGAGGGCUAUAUAAAAUAAUAUACAUGUA